AUGAGUUGCAAGAUCUGUGGCAAGUGGUACGGUCACGAGAAGUCUCUGUCCCUUCACAUGAAGGUGCACGAAGGCCUGACGGUAUGCGUUGUCUGCGGCAAGGUCUCCAGCAAGGUGGCCGACUUGAGGAAGCAUCUCAAGAUGGUACACAAGCUACCACAGGAGGACAUCGAUCAGAUUGUGCCGAAACGAAUGCAGCGAGGACUUCGUUCUGCGAAGCACAUCUGCCCGCUGUGUGGAAAGACGUACUCGAGCCGUCUCUCACUGGACCUGCACCGCAAGGUCCACUUCGGCCUCACCACCUGCGCGCUGUGCAGCAAGACCUGCAGCCGGGUGAGCGUGCUGCGCAAGCACCUCUCUACUGUGCACCGGCUGGACGAGGAGACGAUUCUCAAGAUGGCGCCGCGCAACAGGAAGAUCGUGCGGCGAUGA